GUGGUGCCUGUCAUAAGCUCCAGAGAGUUGCCUUCCACAAGACCAGCAGAAGAGUGGGCAAACAUGAAGUCCAGUCCGGCUAUCCAGGCUGCUAUUGACCUCACGGCGGGGGCUGCAGGGGGCACAGCGUGUGUACUGACCGGGCAGCCCUUUGACACGAUGAAAGUGAAGAUGCAGACGUUCCCUGACCUGUACCGGGGCCUCACGGACUGCUGCCUGAAGACUUACUCCCAGGUGGGCUUCCGUGGCUUCUACAAGGGGACCAGCCCAGCACUAAUCGCCAACAUCGCUGAGAACUCAGUCCUCUUCAUGUGCUAUGGCUUCUGCCAGCAGGUGGUGCGGAAAGUGGCUGGAUUGGACAAGCAGGCAAAGCUGAGUGAUCUGCAGAAUGCAGCUGCCGGUUCCUUCGCCUCUGCCUUUGCUGCACUGGUGCUCUGCCCCACGGAGCUCGUGAAGUGCCGGCUGCAGACCAUGUAUGAGAUGGAGACAUCAGGAAAGAUAGCCAAAAGCCAGAAUACAGUGUGGUCUGUCAUCAAAAGUAUCCUUAGGAAGGAUGGCCCCUUGGGCUUCUACCAUGGACUCUCAAGCACUUUACUUCGAGAAGUACCGGGCUAUUUCUUCUUCUUUGGUGGCUAUGAACUGAGCCGGUCCUUUUUUGCAUCAGGGAGAUCAAAAGAUGAACUAGGCCCUGUCCCUUUGAUGUUAAGUGGUGGAGUUGGUGGGAUUUGCCUCUGGCUUGCGGUAUACCCAGUGGAUUGUAUCAAAUCCAGAAUUCAAGUUCUUUCCAUGUCUGGAAAACAGGCAGGAUUUAUCAGAACCUUUAUAAAUGUUGUGAAAAAUGAAGGAAUAACGGCCUUAUAUUCUGGACUGAAACCUACUAUGAUUCGAGCAUUCCCUGCCAAUGGAGCACUCUUUUUGGCCUACGAAUAUAGCAGGAAGUUGAUGAUGAACCAGUUGGAAGCAUACUGAAGUGUCUUGGUGAGCCUGAGCCAAGCACAGGUGUUUGAGGACUACAGUUCAUCUCAGGGUUUCUUGGAGUACAAGACCAGUGUGAAGUUAUUCUGAUUUCUUGGGAAUUUUGCUUUUUGUCUUCCUUUCUACCCUACAUCUUAAACUUUAUGGAAGAACCUCUAUUUUGCAUCAUAUUGUUUCUGCCCAUAAUUGUACUGAAAUAGAAAAGUCACCGCACUUGCUCUUGGUAAAAUAUAGAGUGGUCAGUGGCCUUAUGCGCCUAAUUCAAAAGGCAGAAUAUAGUUCCUACAACCUCCACUUGUACAUGCAAUUUGGACAUUAUGUGUUGAGGGAAAUACAGUUUGGUUCCAUGUUUAUUUCAAAUAUCAGAAAAACCCAGAGGUGAUCAUUUCUCAUGAAGAUGCUUAUAAAUGGUUGCUUAACCCAUUCUA